AUGGUGGUUCUCCGCGGCAGCUUGGAGCUGCACAGCCCCUCCGCUACCUCGGCCACGGACUCUCUGGACCUGUCCAACGAGUUCCUUAGCUUGGAGGAGGUCGGCAGGAGGAGGCUCCGCUCGGCCAGCGCCGCAGCGAAAUCCGCCGUCCCCGCGGCCGCCGCGGGCGACGGUUCUUCGGUUAAGAAAGUUGAAACCUACCACCGGACACGUGCUUUAAGGUCUUUGAGAAAAAAUGCACAGAAUUCUUCAGAUUCUAGUUUUGAUAAGAAUGUGGAAAUAACGGAGAAGCAUGCUAAUGACAGGCAUUUUACAAGGCAGUUGGCCAGACAACAGGCUGAUAAAAAAAAAGAAGAGUACAAAGAAGACAAAGUGAUUCCAGUUACUCGGUCAUUGAGAACUAGAAACAUUGUUGAAACUACAGGACACUUGCGUGAAGAGAAUGGUGACCUUGAAGUUCGCCGCAGUUGUAGGAUUAGAAGUCGUUAUAGUACUGUUAACCAAUCCGUGCUAUUUAACAAACUUAUAACAAACACUGCUGAAGCUGUACUUCAAAAAAUGGAUGACAUGAAGAAAAUGCGUAGACAACGAAUGAGAGAACUUGGAGACUUGGGAGCAUUUAAUGCAACAGAAGAAGGCAAUCUUAAUAUGUACACAAGAGGAAAACGAAAAGGUAUUCAAAGAACUGAUGAAGAAACAACUGAUAAUCAAGAAGGCAGUGUAGAAUCAUCUGAAGAGGGUGAAGACCAAGAAGAUGAAGACGACGGUGAAGAUGAAGAAGACGACGGUGAAGAUGAAGAAGAAGAUGAUGACGAUGAAGAAGAAGAUGAUGACGAUGAAGAAGAUGACAAUGAAGAAGAAGAUGAUGAAGAAGAUGAAGAAGAUGAAGAAGAUGGAGAGGAAGAUAAUCAGAAACGAUAUUAUCUUAGACAGAGAAAAGCUACUGUUUAUUACCAGGCUCCACUGGAAAAACCUCGUCAUCAGAGAAAGCCCAACAUAUUUUAUAGUGGCCCAGCUUCUCCUGCAAGACCAAGAUAUCGAUUAUCUUCUGCGGGACCAAGAAGUCCUUAUUGUAAACAGAUGAACAGGCGAAGGCAUGCAAUCCACAGUAGUGACUCUACUUCAUCUUCCUCUUCUGAAGAUGAACAACACUUUGAGAGGCGAAGAAAAAGGAGCCGUAAUAGAGCUAUCAAUAGGUGCCUCCCACUAAAUUUUCGGAAAGAUGAAUUAAAAGGCUUUUAUAAAGAUCGAAUGAAAAUUGGAGCAAGCCUUGCUGAUGUUGAUCCAAUGCAGCUAGAUACUUCAGUACGAUUUGAUAGUGUCGGUGGCCUGUCCAAUCAUAUUGCAGCUCUAAAAGAGAUGGUGGUGUUUCCAUUACUUUAUCCGGAAGUCUUUGAAAAGUUCAAAAUUCAACCUCCAAGAGGUUGUUUGUUUUAUGGUCCACCUGGAACUGGAAAAACUCUGGUUGCUAGAGCACUUGCCAAUGAGUGCAGUCAAGGGGAUAAAAGAGUAGCAUUUUUCAUGAGGAAAGGUGCCGAUUGUUUGAGUAAAUGGGUAGGGGAAUCUGAAAGACAACUACGAUUGCUAUUUGAUCAGGCCUAUCAGAUGCGCCCAUCAAUUAUUUUCUUUGACGAAAUUGAUGGUCUGGCUCCAGUACGGUCAAGCAGGCAAGAUCAAAUUCACAGUUCUAUCGUUUCCACCCUGCUAGCUCUUAUGGAUGGAUUGGACAGCAGAGGAGAAAUUGUGGUGAUUGGCGCUACCAACAGACUGGAUUCUAUAGACCCUGCUUUACGAAGGCCUGGUCGCUUUGACAGGGAGUUCCUUUUUAGCCUACCUGAUAAAGAUGCACGAAAAGAGAUUCUAAAGAUUCACACAAGAGAUUGGAAUCCCAAACCACUGGACAUAUUUCUGGAAGAGCUAGCAGAAAACUGUGUUGGAUACUGUGGUGCAGAUAUUAAGUCAAUAUGCACUGAAGCUGCUUUAUGUGCUCUACGUCGACGCUAUCCACAGAUCUAUACAACUAGUGAGAAACUACAGUUGGAUCUCUCUUCAAUUAAUAUCUCAGCUAAGGAUUUUGAGGUAGCUAUGCAAAAGAUGAUACCGGCCUCCCAAAGAGCUGUAACAUCACCUGGGCAGGCUUUGUCCACCAUCGUGAAACCACUCCUUCAAAGCACUGUUCACAAGAUCUUAGAAGCCCUGCACAAAGUAUUUCCACAUGCGAAAAUCAGAACAAAUAAAGCAUUAGACUCAGAUAUUUCUUGUCCUCUGCUAGAAAGUGACUUGGCAUAUAGUGAUGACGAUGUUCCAUCAGUUUAUGAAAAUGGGAUUUCUCAGAAAUCCUUUAAUAAGGCAAAAGAAAAUUUUAAUUUUCUUCAUUUGAAUAGAAAUGCUUAUUACCAACCUAUGUCUUUUCGACCGAGAAUAUUGAUAGUGGGAGAACCAGGAUUUGGGCAGGGUUCUCACCUGGCACCAGCUGUCAUCCAUGCUUUGGAAAAAUUUACUGUAUAUACAUUAGAUAUUCCUGUUCUUUUUGGAGUCAGCACUACAUCUCCUGAAGAAACAUGUGCUCAGAUGAUUCGUGAAGCUAAGAGAACAGCACCAAGUAUAGUGUAUGUUCCACAUAUUCACUUGUGGUGGGAAAUAGUUGGACCAACACUCAAAGCCACAUUUACCACAUUAUUACAGAAUAUUCCUUCAUUUGCUCCAGUUUUACUACUUGCAACUUCUGACAAACCCCAUUCUGCUCUGCCUGAAGAGGUACAAGAGUUGUUUAUUCGUGAUUAUGGAGAGAUUUUUAAUGUCCAGUUACCUGGUAAAGAAGAACGGACAAAAUUUUUUGAGGACUUAAUUCUAAAACAAGCUGCUAAGCCUCCUAUAUCAAAAAAAAAAGCAGUUUUACAGGCCUUAGAGGUACUCCCAGUAGCACCACCACCUGAGCCAAGACCGUUGACAGAAGAAGAAGUGAAACGACUAGAAGAACAAGAAGAAAAUACAUUUAGAGAACUGAGGAUUUUCUUAAGAAAUGUCACACAUAGGCUUGCUAUCGACAAGCGAUUCCGAGUGUUUACUAAGCCUGUUGACCCUGAUGAGGUUCCUGAUUAUGUCACUGUAAUAAAGCAACCAAUGGACCUUUCAUCUGUAAUCAGUAAAAUUGAUCUACACAAGUACCUGACUGUGAAAGACUAUUUGAGAGAUAUUGAUCUAAUCUGUAGUAAUGCUUUAGAGUACAAUCCAGAUAGAGAUCCUGGAGAUCGUCUUAUUAGGCAUAGAGCCUGUGCUUUAAGAGAUACUGCCUAUGCAAUAAUUAAAGAAGAACUUGAUGAGGACUUUGAGCAACUUUGUGAAGAAAUUCAGGAAUCUAGAAAGAAAAGAGGUUGUAGCUCCUCCAAAUAUGCCCCAUCUUACUACCAUGUGAUGCCAAAGCAAAAUUCCACCCUUGCUGGUGAUAAAAAAUCAGAUCCAGAGCAGAAUGAAAAGCUAAAGACUCCCAGUACUCCCAUGGCUUGCAGCACUCCUACUCAGUUGAAGAGAAGAAUUCGCAAGAAGUCGAAAUGGUACUUAGGCACCAUAGCAAAGCGAAGGAAGAUUUCCCAGGCAAAGGAUCAUAGCCAAAAUGCUGCAGAUGACAAAACUGAGAGUGAUACAGAAGAAACUCAAGAUACAAGUGUAGACCAUAAUGAGACUGGAAACACAGGAGAGUCUUCAAUGGAAGAAAAUGAGAAGCAGCAAAAUUUCUCUGAGAGCAAAUUAGAAUGGAGAAAUAAUAAUUCAAAUACUUGUAAUAUUGAGAAUGAACUUGAAGGAUCUAGGAAGACAACAGCAUGUAUAGAAUUGAGAAAAGAUAAGAUUGUUUGCAAUGGAGAUACUUCUAGCUCUCAGAUAGUAGCUAUUUCUGAUGAAAAUGAAGCAAAAGAAAUGUGUGUUCUGCGAAUGACUCGAGCUAGACGUUCACAAGUAGAGCAACAGCAGCUCAUCAGUGUUGAAAAGGCUUUGGCAAUUCUUUCUGAGCCUACACCCUCUCUUGUUGUGGACCAUGAGCGACUAAAUAAUCUUUUGAAGACUGUUGUUAAAAAAGGUGAAAAGUACAAUAUAUUUCAAUUGGAAAAUUUGUAUGCAGUAAUCUGCCAGUGUAUUUAUCAGCAUCGCAGAGACUAUGAUAAAACCACACUUAUUCAGAAAAUGGAGCAAGAGGUAGAAAACUUCGCUUGUUCCAGAUCAUGA